UCUCUACUGAUCACCACCCUCUCCUCUGCUUCUCCAACCUUUUUGAUCCCCAUCUUUGUUUCUUCGUUUCAUACAUCCUCCACCACAAUGGCUUUGGGCGGCACAUUCCUGAAGCUCUUCCAAACCACCCUCUACGCAAUCGAAUUCUGUUGCGCGGGCAUCAUUCUAGGAAUCUUCUCCUACUUCCUCUCGGUUCUUGCCGACCGUGACCUCCCUAUCCUGACCACCUGGAAGGCCGUAACUGGAUUGUCCGGUGUCGCCGUUCUCUACACCAUCUUCGCUGUGCUCUUGACAUGCUUCUUGGGCGGCAAGACUUUCUUCGCAUUCCUGGCCGUGGUCUUUGACAUCCUUUUCGCCGGCGCUUUCAUCGCCAUCGCUGUUCUUACACGUGAUGGCGCAUCGAGCUGUUCCGGCCAGGUCUACACUCCUCUGGGAGAUGGCCCGUCCGACUCCAAGCAAGGCUUUGGCAGCGACUCCGACGGAAACCAGAUCACUUACUCUGCUUCCUUGGGUACUGCCUGCCGCUUAACCACUGCCUGCUUCGCCGUUGCCAUCAUUGGAGCUGUUCUGUUCCUUGUCUCUGCUCUUGUCCAAGUCGCCCUCGGCCGACACCACAAGAAGGAGAAGCGUUUCGGUCCUAGCCCAGCCAACGGCUACACCCGCGGAAGCGGCGUCAAGUUCUUCGGCCGCAAGAAGGGCCGCAAGGGUACCGUUCGUGACCCCGAAAUGGCCGGCGCUGUCCCCGCAUCAGGUGGUCUUGCUCCUGGUGCUCACGACUACCGCCCCUCUCACGACACUGCCUAUACUGGCUCCACUGUCGCGGCUCCGGGUGCUACCUAUGAAAACUCCCACAAGCCUUUGAGCGGAGGGUACCACACUGCUCCUACUGGAACCUACAACACUCCUGCUACCAACUACUAA